GCGAGGCAGGUGGAUUAUCGCCAGUGCAGCAGUCCCAAGCAACCCGGGGUUUGGGGAAAGGGGCGCGUGGGGGCUUCCCCAGCGGCAGGACCGGACGCUCGCGUGGCGGCGCUGAGUCUCGGUCCGGUCGGCCCGCUCUUCCUUUCCCGCUGGUCACAGAUGCUGAAGCCGUUGGUGGAGAAGCGGCGCCGGGACCGCAUCAACCGCAGCCUAGAAGAGCUGAGGCUGCUGCUGCUGGAGAGGACCCGGGACCAGAACCUCCGGAACCCGAAGCUGGAGAAAGCGGAGAUACUGGAGUUCGCCGUGGGCUACUUGAGGGAGCGAAGCCGGGUGGAGCCCCCGGGGGUCCCCCGGUCCCCGGGCCAGGACGCCGAGGCGCUCGCCAGCUGCUACCUGUCCGGCUUCCGCGAGUGCCUGCUUCGCUUGGCGGCCUUCGCGCACGACGCCAGCCCGGCCGCACGCUCCCAGCUUUCCUCCGCGCUGCACGGCUACCGGCGCCCCAAGCCGCCCCGGCCGGAGGCCGUCGACCCCGGGCUCCCAGCGCCGCGCCCACCGCUGGACCCCGCCUCACCGAUCCUUGGCCCCGCGCUGCACCAGCGCCCCCCAGUGCACCAGGGCCCCCCCAGUCCCCGCCUCGCCUGGUCCCCAUCCCGCUGCUCCCCUCGCGCCGGGGAUUCGGGCGCACCGGCGCCUCUCACCGGACUGCUGCCGCCGCCGCCGCCUUACAGACAAGACGGGGCGCCCAAGGCCCCGCCACUCCCGCCGCCCGCGUUUUGGAGACCUUGGCCCUGAGCUUUGGGGGGCUGGGGCGGGGAUUGGGGGUGGUGUAGAGACUCCAGCCAGAGGGCGGGAGAGGGAUCCGGGCGAGGAGGGCAGCGGGGCGCGCGGGCUGAGCGCGCGGGUGAGAUGUGGUCUAUAUUAGAGUAUCUAUAUAAAUAUAUAUUUCCCCAUCCCUUUCCCCUGUCCCACUACCCUGUGUGUAGCAUUGUACCCGCUCUACCCUAGUCCAGUCCCAGUCCCUUCCCGAGUCCCUAGUGCAUGGAAUAAAAUCGUUAUUAAAUCCCGGUGUGUCCCCUAGCCAGGGGCCUGCCUUUAUGUUGGCGCCACGCCUACUUGCCCAUACCCUUCUCCCACCUUUAGGCCUGCUCUCCACGGCCCAAGUCCUGGGGCAGACAGGUAAGUAAAGAGCGGAGCGACAGACUGAGGUUGGAACUGAGCUUUAUUUGCGGGUCUUUAAAUCAAAGCCAAGAAGAGGUUUUAAAAACAGGAAUAAAAUCGACUCUGGUGGGAUUCGAACCCACAACCUUUGAAUCGCUUAUUUCAUCACUAGAAGUCCAAUGCGCUAUCCAUUGCGCCACAGAGCCACCUGGCGGGCGGCGCCUCCUUUCGGCUUACGGACACCAGCAUAGGAAAAAAAAAAAAAAAAAAAGGGUGGCGUGGGAGCGCGCGCAUGGAAACCGGGCGGAGCGGCCGAGGAGCUAGGGUGGAGACCUCAGCGGUCAGCAGAAGGAAAUGUAGAGCGUGGAAGGCGCGUGAGCGAGGUGGCAGUAAGGGUGGACGCAGGUGAGAAAACAGAGAGGGAGACUAACGAAAUCUGAGCUCCCAGCAGUGCACAGCUCGGGCUGCUCCUUGCGCAGCUACCAGGCUCAGACUCGCUCGGUUCCCAGAUUUGAUCCCACUAAAUAAACUUGUUCUGUUGUGAA